ACAAGUUCGGAUGUUUUUGUGUUAUUUUUUUUACAGCAAUUUCGAACUGUGACAUUUAAAGGGAGAUUUCAUAUGUAUAAAACAGCCAAGCCACCAUAUAUCUCUUAAUUAUACCAAAAGACAAUAGAAAAGUGAUAAUAUUCCCCAAAAGAAUGGUCCCGGAGAACAUGGACCGAAGUUGGUUUGGAUAUUUCGCAGAUGACUAAAAAAUAAAGAGAAAGAAGAGAGUGGAGUGCUCAAAAAAGGAACUUGUACGAGCAAAUUAAAGCUUCAGUAUGGCCUAAAAUUAAUCUAGAUAAUACUUUGAAGUUACGAUAAAUAAUACUGAUAUGUAUUAACGUAAUAAAUGUUAGGAAAACAUUUUAGAUUUAAAAACAUGACCACCAUAACUGUGCCAAAAGAACCUGAGUACCGCUCAUGUGAGCUUUCAGGGGAGAAAACUUGUAAUGAUGGAAGAUGUAUUUCAAAGAUAGAUCUGUGUCCUGAGGAACAGUUGAUGAAUCAGAACACGAUACUAAUUAUGAUCGUAGUGGGAAUAGCUGUGGUGAUUUUCCUUAUUGUGUUAUACUGUUUUCAACAAAGACAAAGAAAUGCUUCAAGGUCAAGGUUAAGAAAUCAGACCUCAAUAGAUAACGACAUGGAUCCAGAAAGAUCGUCUUUAUUUGAGCCUCCUCCAGCCUAUAAUGAGGCCAUAGACACAAGAUUGUACCCUCCCACACCACAGAUGCUCAGAGACCGAGCAUUAAGACCCCCAUCAGAGGACCAGCCACCAAUGACACCACCUCCAAAUUAUGACACAGCUUUACAAAUUCUAGCAAGAAGUCAUGAAUCAGUUUUAGGCAAGCCUCCAUUAUUACGACGGCAGUCAUCAACAACAUCGUCAUUUAGACGUAGCUUUUCUUUUGAUUUGCUCAAUAAUCAGACUGUAACAACAAACACUUUAGUGCCAUUGACAGAGACAAAUAAUCAGGAUAAACCUGAGGGUAGGGGAGACAACUCUAGGAACAGUGAUCUGACGCUACAAAUCAUCAGCUGAUAAAUAGAAUCUCUGUGUCUUGUCCGUUCAAAAUAUUGUCAUGAGAUUAUGUUAACAUUUAUUUAUAUUUUUGAGAUCUUUGUGAUAUUGUACAUUUUUGUAUAGAUUUUCAACAUUUCCCGGUAGUGUGUAGUACUUCUCAAGUAGUCAGAAGGUCAUGUGACAAAGGUCACGUGCUAUGUUACAAAGGUCACAUGCUAUGUUACAAAGGUCACGUGCAUAUUCAGUAAUCAAUACUUUAAGAUUUGUAUUAUUUAUUAGUCAGGGCAUGUACUUAACUUCACAUACAUUAGUUUUUUCCAGCAGUUCCUUUAAGCGUAGGGUGCAGUUUAACUAUGCAAGUUUAUAAACUGUUAAUUCUACAUCAGAAUUCACUGAUUUUAUCAUUUGAUAUACUUUGCCCCUGUAACGUCAACACAGAUUAACUAGAAAUCAACUUAAAUUAAGAUGAAUGAAUUUGAAUGAAGUCUGUUUCUUAUAGAUAUGCUAAAAGCAGAAUCUAUUGAUCUGAAAAAUAGAAAAAUCUUUAAAAACUUGGGAUGAACUUAACUCAGAAAGAAGGAUAUUUAGGGAAAAUAUUUGAUGUAGACUGAUUCAUAUUGAUUAGGUUAAUUGUCAAAGUUAAAUUGAACAGGAAGUAUUGAAAGAAGGAAAUCAUUUUAGAUAAUUGAUUAUUAUUAAGGAAGUCAUAGGAAAAUCUUAAGAAUUGCUUAUAUUUGAGAGCAAAGUUCAAGUUUACCUUUUAAGUAUGGUGCUAUUUACCAAAGAAAUGUUCACUAAAUACUUUAUACAUUUGUCUUUAUGAUUUAAAACAGGAAAUAGUUUGUCAAGAUUUUACUCACAAAACUUGUGUAUACUGAUCUAUCAUAGUUGAUACAAUCACUGCCAUUUUAUGUGAAGGAUUGAAGGUCAGCAGCUUCACAACUUGGUUGUGAUUAUUGUUUUUUUUUGCUAAAUUUAAUCAAGUGUUUGUGAAUGGAAAUGUUUUUUACAUUUACAUAGUGUUAAACAAUUAUAUCCAAAUUUAAUGAGUAUCUUAUUAACAAAGUUAUAUUACUAUAAAUAUGGGAAGCUGGAAUGUGUUAUCCUUGUGUCCUUGUGAUUUAGCUCAAGGUCAUAAGCCAAAGUUUUGUUUUAUGUCAGGCAAUUAUAAACAGUGUUUAUUUAUAGAUUUCCCUACAGAAGGUCGGUGGUUAUCUCUGGGGACUCCGCCUUCCUCCACCAAUAUAAACUGACCAACACAAAAUAGAACAUUUGUGCUGAAAGUGGUGUUACACACCAAUCAAAUUAUUAAUAGAUAUUUUCUCAUCUUCUCCAUGUAAA